CAUACAUUCUCUCCUUCGCUCUCUCUCCUCCAGCCAAUCCGCUCCAUUUCUUUUGUGGUUUAACUCGCAAACCCACUUCACUCUGAUCCAAAGAACUCUCCAUUCUUGCACAUUUUCCUCUCUUUGAGCUAUGGCCGCCGCAAGAGUCUUAGCCAAUGCCACCACCGCCGCCGCCGCCUCCUCUUUUCUCUCUAAGACCUCCUUUCUCCCCAACCACCCCCUCCCAUUCAAUUCCAAUUUCAUUUCCCUUUCCAGAAGACUACCCUCCUCCAGAAAAUCAUUCUCCUGCAGAGCUUUGUACCUCCCUGAAGUCAAGAUCAAGGAGGAAGGCCAGCCUGAAACCCUCGACUAUCGCGUCUUCUUCACUGACCAGUCCGGCAAAAAGGUCUCCCCUUGGCAUGAUAUACCACUGCAUUUGGGGGAUGGUGUUUUCAACUUCAUUGUUGAAAUUCCUAAAGAAACCAGCGCAAAGAUGGAGGUUGCAACUGAUGAGCCGUUCACUCCUAUAAAGCAAGAUACUAAAAAGGGGAAGCUUCGAUACUACCCUUACAAUAUCAACUGGAAUUACGGGUUGCUUCCACAGACAUGGGAAGACCCAUCCUUCGCUAACUCUGAAGUUGAUGGUGCAUUUGGAGACAAUGAUCCUGUUGAUGUCGUUGAAAUUGGUGAAAGUGAUCGGAAGAUAGGUGACAUUCUAAAAGUGAAACCGCUGGCUGCUUUAGCUAUGAUUGAUGAAGGGGAACUUGACUGGAAAAUAGUUGCAAUUUCACUAGAUGAUCCUAAAGCUUCACUAGUGAAUGAUAUAGAUGAUGUCGAGAAACAUUUCCCGGGAACUUUAACUGCUAUAAGGGACUGGUUUAGAGACUACAAGAUCCCUGAUGGGAAACCUGCUAACAAGUUUGGUCUGGGAAACAAGCCUGCAAACAAGGAUUAUGCCCUUAAAGUUAUUGAAGAGACCAACAAAUCUUGGGCCAAUCUCGUUAAGAGAUCAAUUCCUCCUGGUGAGCUAUCUCUUGUAUAGAAUUCAUAGAUUGUAGGAAGAUGCAGGUGCCAGGUUCUAAUUGUGUAAGUGCUCAAAUUGAAACGGAAUUUGUGAAUCCUGGCUUUCUGAUUUAUAUGUUUAUAAUGAUGGAACUCAUUUUUCCAUUUUUGAGACGGAAUAAUGUAUGCCCAGUUGGUGGUUUUGUUUUUGUAUUGGACAGCUCGGUUAUUAAGUAGGUUCUUUUUUUUUCUUUUUUUCUUUUUUUUCUGAAGUUGUUUGUUAGAGAAACUGAUGGGUAUGGAAAAAGUGGAUUUU